UGUACAUCAGAGAUGGAUAUCAGCCCCGUGCAGCCGAAGACAACCAAGACAGCUCUGGAAUUGCGCCAAGCAACCGUGGAUUCUACUCAACCACUCGCGAUGUCUUCAGUUAUGCCGCCUGGGUAUGAUCAAGUUCCUGGAGUUUACGGUAAACAACAGCCUCCCCCCCUUAGUAAGACGGUUCAUCAGACUGCAGGUAAGACUGUUCCAUUUACUUCCUUUAUUGACCAAUCUAAACUGCCAGAGCAAGAAAGUGAGUCCCUUUCUCAUCUAAUUGAACAACUUGGGUUAAGCCCACAAGAAAAAGAUAAUUUUGCCCAUGUUUGGACCGCGUACCAACCUACGCCCUCCCAAAUUGCCGCGCGACAGGUAAUGCAUCGUGAUUUACCUGUGUUUACGGGAGUACUUGCUGAGUGGCCGGUUUUUAUAAGUACGUAUACAGAUACCACUCUAGCUUGUGGUUAUAGCCCAGCAGAAAAUUUACUUCGCUUGCAGCGUUGCCUGAAAGGCCCAGCAUUAGAAGCCGUUCGUAGUAAGCUAACUAUGCCAAAGUGUGUUCCGCAAAUAAUGGAAACGCUUCGCCUUUUCUACGGGCGGCCAGAAUUAAUAAUCAAUGCGCUUUUAGAGAAAAUACGUGCAACCCCAGCGCCAAAAUCAGAACGUCUUGAGGCUCUAAUUGAUUAUGGGAUCGCUGUGAAUAGUAUAUGCGAUAAUCUUGAGGCCGCUAAUCUUCAUGACCACCUUUCAAACCCAUAUCUGUUAAGCGAACUCGUCAAUCGAUUGCCCGCGCACAUCAAGUAUCAGUGGGGAGCCCAUAUCGCCAUGUUAAAUGAGGUGAAUUUGAAGACGUUUAGUGUGUUUAUGAAAGGUGUGGUGCAAUCAGUCAGCCGGGUUUGUGUGUACAGCGGAGCAGUUAUGAACGAGGAGAACAGCAAAGCAAAGCGUGGUGUCGUACAUACGCACGCUGAGCUUUCGAAAGAAACAAAUGUUCCCGCCAAGAAAGGAUGUCCGAGUUGUUCUGGUGAACAUUACCUGAAGUAUUGUGAGAAAUUUAAAUCCUUGGAAAUAGACGAUCGUUGGCACUUUAUCCAGUCGAUGGGAAUAUGCAGAACAUGUCUCUUCGCCCACGGAAAGAGGUCUUGCCGUAGCAACAAUAGAUGUGGGGUUUCCGGAUGCACGUCUCGCCAUCAUCCGCUUCUCCAUUCCAACCGCUCCUCGCCACCAUCAGGCGUACAAACAGAAGGACCAAGCCAAACUGGAGUUGCUUCCGGAGAAACUCUUUCCCAUCGAAGCCUGGGGCGUGGAGUUCUUUUCCGAAUUAUACCUAUAAAGGUGUUUGGAAAUGGGAAAGUUAUACAAACCUUUGCAUUUAUAGAUGAGGGGUCCUCCCUCACGCUGAUAGAAGAAGCACUGACUGAGGAGUUAGGAGUUAAAGGAAUACCACAAGCACUAUGCCUCCAGUGGACCGGCAACAUGUCACGUAUGGAAGAAAAUUCCAUGAUAGUCGAUCUUCUAGUUUCCGGUUUGAACAAUCAAAAAACCUAUUUGAAAGAAACGCGCACGGUUAAAGAUUUGUCGCUCCCGGCACAGACGCUGAACUAUGAGAACCUGGUCAACAAGUAUGAACAUCCAAAAGGCCUACCAGUGGCCAGUUAUGCCAACGCAGUGCCUCGGAUUUUAAUCGGUGUAAACAAUCUCAACUUGACAGUGCCGUUACGUAUCAGAGAAGGACGAGCUGAUGAGCCAAAAGCAGCAAAAACUCGCUUGGGGUGGUGCGUCUACGGCGGUAGUGAUGAUUCAGCGAUCUCUUCCGUUAACUUGCACACGUGUAACUGCACCGAAGAAAAAACACUUAAUAUUAUGGUACGUGAUUUCGUCGCUCAGGAAGAAACAGGAAUCACACCUGGAAUAAAGUUGGAAUCUGCAGCGGAUCGCAGGUCUCGUUCAAUUCUGGAGGAGUCAACUUGCCGAGUAGGAGGAAGAUUCUCCACUAGAUUGCUGUGGCGUUUCGACAACUUUGAGCUACCCGACAGCUACCCAAUGGCCGUCAAACGUUUGGAAUGUCUGGAGCGAAAAAUGGCCAAGAAUCCUUCUCUUCGAGAAAAUAUAACUAAACAGUUAGCCGACUAUCAGGCAAAGGGUUAUGCCCACCAGUUGACAGAAACAGAGCAGAAGAACUCGGAUCUUAGACGUAUUUGGUAUUUGCCAUUGGGUGUGGUGAUCAACCCAAAGAAACCCGAAAAGGUUCGAAUGAUCUGGGACGCCGCUGCGACAGUUGAUGGGGUUUCAUUAAACUCUAUGUUGCUGAAGGGACCUGAUGAGCUAGUGCCACUCCCAUGGAUACUCUUCCGCUUUCGCCAAUAUCCGGUUGCCGUUACAGCGGAUAUAACCGAAAUGUUUCACCAAAUAUUGAUUGAUCCUAAAGAUCAACAGGCCCAACGUUUCCUGUGGAGGUCAGAUCCUGAAAGUACACCAAAAAUUUACGUCAUGAAUGUUGCAACAUUUGGAGCGACUUGUUCACCAGCAGCGGCUCAAUUUGUAAAAAAUAAGAACGCGAAGGAAUACGAAACGAGUUAUCCAAGGGCUGUAGAAGGUAUUAUACACAGACACUACGUUGACGACUACGUUGACAGCUUUGAAACGUUAGAAGAGGCUUCCACCGUGUCUUCACAAGUCCGAAUGAUCCAUGCAGCAGGUGGUUUCAACAUUAGAGGUUGGCGAUCUAACUACGAAGAGGUGCUAUUAAGCCUAGGCGAGAAAGCUACACAAGAUAUUAAAACUUUAGAUCUGGAAUCCCGAAAUUACGAGCGCGUCCUGGGUAUGCACUGGUUGCCCGAAGAGGAUCUUCUGGCGUAUUCUACUACACUUCCCUCAGAACUCCACGAUAUUAUAGCGAAAGGAGAUUGCCCAACAAAACGACAAGUCUUGCGCUGCCUAAUGAGUUUCUUUGACCCCCUUGGUUUGUUGGCCGCCUUCAUACUGCACGGUAAGGUCUUACUCCAAGAUAUCUGGCGCUUCGGUACGGAAUGGGAUGAGCGGAUAGACAAGGAGGCAUUCGCGAAAUGGCUUCGGUGGACAGAACAAUUUAAACAGAUUUCUGGCCUUCGAAUUCCCCGCUGCUACUUUGACGGAGUGGGUAAUAUCCGCUACCAACAAACGGAAUUACAUAUAUUUGUGGACGCCAGCGAAGAAGCGUACGCGGCCGCCGGAUACUUCCGUCUUCCAAACAGCUCAGGAGGAUUUGAAUGCUGCCUAGUGGCAGCCAAAACAAAGGUGGCCCCGCUAAAACACUGGUCUAUUCCGCGCCUGGAACUCCAGGCCGCUGUCUUGGGAACACGUUUGAAGAAGUGCAUCAUGGAAGGACAUACGAUCUCUGCAAAACGGGUCGUAUUAUGGUCCGAUUCUAGUACGGUGCUGGCGUGGAUCCGUUCCGAUCAUCGCCGAUUUACGCAAUUUGUAGCAUGUCGCGUAGGAGAAAUUUUGACGACUACUAACGUUUCCGAAUGGCGCUGGGUUCCGUCCAGGCUCAACGUCGCCGAUCACGCUACCAAAUGGGGCCAAGGACCUCCAAUAAGUUCAAGUGACAGUUGGUUCAAAGGACCAGCAUUCCUGUGGGAGCCAGAAGAGGCUUGGCCACAACCGAAGGCGCUGAAUACUACAGAAGAAGAAUUGAGGAUUUCAUGUGUACAUUCUGGAGCAGUUGUAUUAGAACCAUUAGUUGUGUUCACUAAUUUUUCCAAGUGGGAGCGCCUAGUGCGAACUAUGGCAUAUAUGUAUCGGUGGCAUAACCUUAUCAAGAAGCAUGUUGAUAGCGUAUUUCUUAAUCAAGAAGAGUUGAUAGCUGGAGAGAAUGCUCUUUUCCGCCUGUGCCAGCGAGAUGUAUUUUCUAAUGAAAUAACAAUUCUUGAAAGGAAUCAAACACUUAAAAUGGAACACCAAAUGCGACUACCCAGAACAAGCGCACUUCGCAAGCUCACCCCGUACUUAGACGAGAGAGGAGUGCUAAGAGUAGAUAGUAGAGUGGGAGCAGCGAAAAAUGUGGCGUCGAACCUUAAAUUUCCUGUAAUUUUGCCAAAGGAUCAUUACGUGACUGAGCUCAUCAUACAUUACUAUCAUCGCAAGUAUCUUCACCGUAACUCGGAAACCGUAGUAAACGAAUUGCGACAAUGUUUCUACAUAUCACAACUCCGACCCGUCGUUAAAAGAGUAACCCGCAGGUGUCAGUCUUGCAAGGUGUAUAAAUCAGAGCCUCAAACUCCUCGAAUGGCUCCGUUGCCCGAAGCUAGAAUGGCUUCUUUCACCCGCCCAUUCAGUUACGUGGGAUUGGACUUGUUUGGCCCUGUGUUCGUCAAGAUAGGAAGGAGUUCAGUGAAAAGAUGGGUGGCCCUUUUCACCUGCAUGACGAUACGGGCAGUACACGUUGAAGUGGUCCACACUUUAAGCACUCAGUCGUGCAUAAUGAGUAUCAGAAGAUUCAUAGGUAGACGCGGGGCUCCAAUAGAAAUCCACUCAGACAAUGGCACCAACUUUCGAGGAGCCGACAACAUCUUGAAAAAGCAAAUUGAAGACUUUCAUUUGAACAUGGCAUCCACCUUCACGAAUGCCAAUACAAAAUGGGUAUUCAUACCACCCGGAACUCCACACAUGGGCGGAUGUUGGGAGCGCAUGGUGCGUUCCGUCAAAACGGCGCUGGAAGCGUCUGUUCACGCUGGACGGAAGCUAGACGAUGAGGCGCUGUACACACUAGCAGUUGACGCAGAAGGGAUGGUGAACUCACGUCCUCUUACUUAUCUACCCUUGGAAUCGGAGGAGCAGGAAGCCCUAACGCCAAAUCAUUUCUUACUCGGCAGUUCAAAUGGAGUAAAACAGAAUCCUUGUAACGCAUCACGAGCGGCUAAUGAUAUCGGUCAUACCUGGAACCAACUUCAACAGCAAUUAGAUGUCUUCUGGAGUCGAUGGGUGCGUGAGUACUUGCCUUCAAUAACGCGCCGCACGAAAUGGUUUUUGGACGUGAAACCCGUCGAAGUUGGUGACUUAGUAGUUAUUGCCAGUGAAGCGCGAAGAAAUGGUUGGACGCGAGGUCGGGUUCAGGAAAUAAUCCGAGGGGCAGAUGGCCGAAUUCGCAAAGCCAUCAUAAUUACGAAUAAGGGGCUCACACGGCAGGCGGUCUCUAAAUUGGCAGUCUUAGACAUACAGAAGGGGAACGCAGGACCUAACCAACCUUAAGGCCAGCGUUACGGGGGGGAGACUGUUGAGAACUGGGUACACUGCUGCAGAGAGCACAUUAGGGGCGUUUCCUACAACUAUUUCUGACAAGACGAGCUGACAGACGAGCUGACAGACGAACGACGACGGUGGAUACGGCUCUUAACACAUUUUUUCAUCAUCUACAGGAUCACUUCAGCAACGUGGGUAAACCCGAGGUUUACAUAAAGUGAAUUAUAAAGUGCACUUCCUAAAUAAUUUAAUUAUUAAAACCAUUUCCUUUUUUGCUAAUCAAUAGUUACCCGAAAUUUGCGAUAACGUGCUAAACCAGUUCUAGAAUAGCUGGCGGGAUUUCCGGAUUACAAGUUGAGUUGAGAAUUGAGGUUAGCUACUUUGAUGUUUAGAAAUUGUUAAAUUCUAUUGAACAAAAUUACCUAUUUCUCUUGUAACAGUUCUCUCUGAUCGACGACACUACAUUACAAGUCAAUUUGUUGUUGCAAAGGCACUCAAGAAAACUAUAAAUGUAAGUUAACUGAAUUUGAAACUUAUAAUAUCAAACUAACCACUCUGUAAUAAAUUUUAGUUUGAAGCAUUUUGCUACCAGAAUUUGGUUUUUUUCAU